AUGUACAUGUCAAUUAAUGAUGAUAGUAAUUUUUCAAUAACAUUAUUCGAAAAUUGGAUAUUAAGUAAUACUAUCAAACGAUUUCCUAUUCUAACUGAAAGUGAAUAUGAAACAUUAAUUAUUGGCGCUGAUAGUUUUACACUGGAUGGUCGAUUAAUAUUGAAUGAAUUAGCUGAAAUUGAUAAUUAUUUCGUUGCAUCCGAUUCUAAUGGACAUGGCAUAGCACUUGCUGGUAGAGUUGCAAAAUUUAUAGCUGAAUUAAUACAUAAUAGAAAUACAAAUUUAAGAAAACAAUAUUCAUUGAAGCAUCCAACUUAUAAUGAAGUACUUAAUUGCGAACGUCUACUAUUUUUUAAACCAGAUGAAGCAGGAAAAAAAGAUUUAUGUAAACAAGGUACAUUUGGUAAAGCACGAUGUUAA